AUGGCGCCGGGUCAUGGCCAUCGCCGGUUGUCAUGGCCAUCUCUUCCGUCUUGCCAUGCCCCUCCCGUGCCAUUUUCUCCUUGGGUCCGGCCAGUCCCGCACCGUAGUGUACUCCGUACCUAUCUUCUGAAGCGGCAGGCGCGUAGUCAUACCACACCACACACCUGCGCACUCAAUCUAGAGUAUAGGGAACAGGAUCAGCAGCGGCGAGAAAGAGACCAAGAAGCGCUAGAAGCACAAGAAGAAGCACAAGAGGACGAAAGAGGAAGUAGGGGACGAGGCACAGGUAGACAAGAGGCACAGGGUCAGGUAAAGGCAAAGGCAGCAGCAGCUGCUGCCGCCGCCGUCUUUGCCAGUUACCUCAAGUCCUGGACAGAUUAUCCGUACGAAUGCUUUGCGACCUUUCCUAGUUGGCGACCGAGUCAACGCAUGCUUCCCGCCAAUCACAACCAGCUCGUCAAGCCUCCAGGCUACCUUACCGUUCCAAAUCCCCCGUUCCCAAGGGCCUUCAGCAUUUCAGCCACCUCGCAUACCUUAGGUUACAUAAGGAAGCUCCGACGACGAGUCCCGCACACCCGUAACCCGUUCACUGCCUUGAAGGCUGAAUCCCGAUUCCGCCCGCCUCAAGCCGACCAGACUCCCGACCUCUGCAAGUCUGAACUCAUCCACUUCGGGCUUCACCCACCGAAGCGAAGGGCCGCACCACCGACCAACCGCCGUCAUCUCCAAGGCCAGCCGCCAAGAGAGCACCGCUUGAUCCAGCUCCCCGUUGAGGUGGCAGUGCCUCCGUUUUAUUGCAGCUCUCUACUCCGUACUCCGUACACCCUGUCCCUACGCAGUAAGGAGUACAUACGGAGUAAUAGGGCCUACGGAUACAAAGACAGUUUCGACCUUUUCCCCUUGCCUCUCGGGAGUCUUGUUGGAAUCCCACUGCCAAGCCCAGGCUACGGAAUACAGAUACCUGUCAGCGAAGACGUGCAGACUUUGACGCCGUUCCGCUGCAGACUGCCAUCGUGCCAGCAAAGAAGGGUGGAAGAAGGGUGGAAGGGAACUUCGAACCCCCACUCUGCUGCGCUGCGCUUCGCUUCCAACCCCUCCGAUCUUCACACCCUCCAGGGCCUCAACGACUACGACUGGUCGGCUGGCUUACCCCCCCGCGUCUCCGAAUCACAGUCUCGAUUUCGUCCCGCCUCCCUGCAACCCCAAAAACCAGGACACUACUACCAGGCGACAAGGCGAGAGAAGAGCUGGGAAGGCGCCAAUACCGGCAAUCGCUGCACUGGUGACUGCACGGUCUUUGUCGAGGACCACGGUCCGCCACACACCGACCACAUCCUGUUUGUCGCACAUGCUCAGCCCUUGCGCCCCAGGUUCAGGCCCUCUUGCGACCCUCUUGCGACCCUCACUGGCAACGACACUCUGGCCAGGGACGCUCAGCUACAGUUUACCUCAUUUGUCUACGACACCAGGAGCUCGUCUACCCCAAGGCUUGCCGAGCAACCGUAUACUGCUUAA